GAGCCGUCCGGGUAGCGCCGCUCGGGGACGGUCGGGAAAGAUCGGAGAGAAUCGGAACCUCUCGGAACCGUUCGGGGACCAUCGGAACCGCUCGGGGACCAUCGGAACCGCUCGGGCCGGGCCGGGCCCGUUCGGGUCGGUUCGGCUGCGCUCGGGAAGGAUCGGGAAGGAUCGGGGCGGUUCGGCCACUCUCGGCCCGGUUCGGCCCGGCCCGCUCGGCUCCGCCCGGAUCGGUUCGGCCCCGCUCGGCUCGGUUCGGCUCCUCUUGGCCCGGUUUGGCUCCGCUCGGGUUCGCUCGGCUCGGUUCGGUUCGGCCUCCUUGGGCCCCGCCCGGCCCCGCUCGGCUCGGCCCGGCCCGGCUCGGACCAGCCCGGCCCGGCCCCGCUCUAGGCCCGGCCCGGCCCCGGUGGUAACGCCCGGGGGUGGGGGGUGGGGGGGGCUGAGCAUCCUCCGCCGGCCCCGGGACUGGGGGAGGGGAACCGGGGAGGGACGAGGCGGGGGAACCGGGCGGACCGUGACAGCGGGGACAUGUCGUGACAGCGGGGACAUGUCGUGACAGUGGGGACGGGGCCACCCCGCACUGUGACCCGCGUGGGAAGUGACCCCGCGGCACCUGUGACACCGGGGGACCGACCCCUCCCCCCCACUGUGACACUGAGGGACCACCGGGGGACAGAGACACCGCACGGUGUGACACCGGGGACAGAGACACCGCACGGUGUGACACCGAGGGACCACAGCCACCCCACGGUGUGACACCAGGGGACCACAGCCACCCCACGGUGUGACACCAGGGGACCACAGCCAUCCCACGGUGUGACACCGGGGACAGAGACACUGCACGGUGUGACACCGAGGGACCACAGCCAUCCCACGGUGUGACACCGGGGACAGAGACACCGCAUGUCGUGACACUGAGGGACCACAGCCACCCCACGGUGUGACACCGGGGACAGAGACACUGCACGGUGUGACACCGGGGACAGAGACACCACACGGUGUGACACCAGGGGACCACAGCCAUCCCACGGUGUGACACCGGGGACAGAGACACUGCACGGUGUGACACCGAGGGACCACAGCCAUCCCACGGUGUGACACCAGGGACAGAGACACUGCACGGUGUGACACCGGGGACAGAGACACCGCACGGUGUGACACCAGGGGACCACAGCCACCCCACGGUGUGACACCAGGGGACAGAGACACCGCACGGUGUGACACCGGGGACAGAGACACCGCACGGUGUGACACCAGGGGACCACAGCCACCCCACGGUGUGACACCAGGGGACCACAGCCAUCCCACGGUGUGACACCAGGGACAGAGACACCGCAUGUCGUGACACUGAGGGACCACAGCCACCCCACGGUGUGACACCAGGGGACCUCAGCCUCUCCAUGCUGUGACACCGGGGGACAAAGCCACCCCCUCAGUGCCACUGAGGGACCACAGCCACCCAGCGCCGUGACACUGAGUGGCAGAGCCACCCCAGACUGUGACACCAAGUGGCAGAGCCACCCAGCGCGGUGACACCGCGUGAGCCCUGAGCCCGGCCGGGCUGUGACAGCGGGUGACUGAAGCCACCCCGGAGCACAGAGUGUGACACUGGUGACAGCCACCGCACCCUGCACCACCGGGGGACCGGUGACUGGUCAGUGACAGUCACCCCGGGCUGUGACAGCGGGUGACUGAAGCCACCCUGGAUGGUGACACUGGCUGAGCCCCAAGCCUGCUGUGACACUGGGUGACUGAAGCCACCCUGGACCGUGACUCUGGGUGACCCAACCACCCCACUCUGCAGCACCAGGUGACCCCCCCGGCUGGUGACACUGGGUGAGCCCUGGCCCCAGCACUGCUGUGACACCGCGUGACCGAGCACCCUGGACCGUGACAGCGGGUGACCAGCCAGCCUGGCACAUGCUGUGACCAACCCACCCUGUGCUGUGCCACCGGGUGACCAACUCACCCCACCCAGGUGGCCACACGGGGUGACCAACCCACCCUGGACUGUGACUCUGGGUGACUGACCCACCCCUCCUGGGGACACGGGGUGACCAACCACCCCCACCUGGGACGGGACAGAACCCGCCCCGUCCCCCACCCCGGGUGUCCUCCCGGCUGCCCCGUGCCCUCGCGCAGCCAUGGGCACGCCCGGGGGUGCCCCGUCCCCGCCGUCCCCACUGUCCCUGCUGCUGGCCCUGGCCCUGCUGUGCCCGGGGGGCUCGGCGGGCGGGUCCUGCCCCGCUCACUGCAUCUGCGCCUCCAACCUGCUGAGCUGCUCGCAGGCCAACCUGAGCCUGGUGCCGUCGCCGCUGCCGCGCUUCGCCUCCGUGCUGGACCUGAGCCACAACAACGUGUCGCGGCUGCGCGGGGACUGGAGCCCGGCGCGGCUCCCGCACCUGCACACGCUGCUGCUGAGCCACAACGGGCUGGCCUUCGUGUCCACCGAGGCCUUCGCGGCCGUGCCCCGCCUGCGCCACCUCGACCUGUCCAACAACUGCCUGCGCGCGCUCGAUGAGAACCUGUUCAGCGACCUGGGCGAGCUGGAGGUGCUGCUGCUCUACAACAACGAGAUCUCCAGCGUGGACCGCACGGCCUUCGAGAACCUGGGCCGGCUGCGCAAGCUCUACCUGGGCCGCAACCGCAUCGCCCGCUUCCCGCUGGAGCUGCUGCGCGAGGGCUCGCGGCUGCCGCGCCUGGCGCUGCUCGACCUGUCGGCCAACCGGCUGCGGGCCGUGCCCGCCGGGGAGCUGCAGGCGCUGCCCGCCUGGCUGCGCGACCGCCUCUACCUGCACGACAACCCGCUGGGCUGCGACUGCGCCCUGUUCCAGCUGCUCGCCCGCGGCCGCCGCCGCCGCCUCAGCGCCGUGCUGGACUUCCAGGAGGAGCUGACGUGCCACCUGCCCGGCUCCCCGCACGCCUCCGUGGCCAUCCUGGAGCUGGCGGGGCGGCAGCCCCUCAACUGCAGCGAGGCGCGCGAGGCCGUGCUGGAGGCUCACCUCGGCGACAGCGUCACCCUGGGCUGCGACAGCCGCUGGCAGGACGGCAGCCGCCACUGGGUGACGCCGGCGGGGGACAGGGUGAUGCCGGGGGACGGCGGCGGCAACGGCACGGCGGCCCUGCUGCCCAACGGCAGCCUGGAGCUGCGGGCGCUGCGGGCCGAGGACGCGGGCACCUACGCGUGCUGGGUGGCGGGGCCGCUGCUCAACGAGACCCUCUACGUGGAGCUGCUGGUGCACAACUUCACCCUGCACGGCCCCCACGACACCCUGAACACGGCCUACACCACGCUGGUGGGCUGCAUCCUGAGCGUGGUGCUGGUGCUCAUCUACCUGUACCUGACCCCCUGCCGCUGCUGCUGCUGCCGCGCCGCCGAGAAGGCGCCGGCGCCGCGCGACGACAGCAUCAACUCCUCGGUGCUCAGCACCACCCCAAACCACGACGGGGGGCACGGCGAGCCCCGGCCUGCCCCGGGGGGCGGCCCCGGGCAGAACGGCAGGUUCAAGGGAGGGGGGGGGACCCCCCCGCCGGCCGCCCCCCGGGGCCCCAAGGGGCAGAGGAAGGUGUCUGACCCCGACUCGGUGAGUUCGGUGUUCUCCGACACCCCCAUCGUGGUUUGAGCGGCGCCGGGGAUGGGCCCCGGGAUGUCCCGUGAGCUGUCCCCGGGAAGGAGGGGUGGCCGGACCCCACUGCCGCGUCCCCGGUUGGGAGUCACCCCGUUGCCCCCCAGGACUGAGCGUUGCCGCCGUCCCCCCUCUGCCGAGGUCACUGUCACUGCGGGGCCACGAGGGAUGAGCGCUUGAGGGGACAUGGUGGGGACGGUCCCCAGGCAGGAGGGGGGGCCGGAGCCGCAUUACCGUGUCCCCAGCUUGGGGGUGACUCCACUGCCCCCCAGGACCUGCCGAGGGCACUGCAGGGACGAGGCUGUGCGAGGACACCGGCAGGACACCAUGGGGACAGUCCCGGGAACACCCCAUGUCCCCACUGCUGCCGUGACAGUCCCCAGGCAGGAGGGGUGGCCGGACCCCCAGCACCGUUUCCCCAGCUUGGGGGGUCAUGGCAUCGCCCCCCAGGACCGAGAUCACCCCGGGAAACCCCCCGAGGUCACCGUGGGACCGUGAGGGACAAGGAUGUGAGGGGACACGGUGGGGACAGUCCCAGGCACCCCGUGUGUCCUCACUGCUGCUGGGACCUGUCCCUGGCAGAGGGGUGACCGGACCCCCAGCACUGUGUCCCCAGCUUGGGGGUCCCCCCAUCGCCUCCCCAGGACCCCCCAGGGCACUGUGGGGACAGUGUGGGUACCGCAGAGCAGGGGGGCCCCACUGGUGACAGUGACAGCACCGGGACCCCCCAGGGCCCCCCAGGAGCAGCAGCCUCCCUGUGCAAGGGCAGUGCCCCCCCGCAGCCCCAGCCCCCCCAAUCUUCACUGCCCCCCCACCCCCGGCAUGUGAGCCCCCAGCAUGACCCCCCCGGGAGCACGAGCCCCCCUGGGAAGGGGGCACCAGGGGUGUGCCCCCCCCCCCCAAAACCCCCCAACAUCCUCCUGAGCCCCCCUGCAACCCCCCCCGCGAGGAGAGCACCCCCGCACGCAGGGGGGGACCCCGGGGGUCCCAGCCCUCCAAAGGGUGCCCUGUGUGCCCCCCUCGCCCCCCCGGCCGUGCCCCCUCCCCGCGCUGAUGCCUUGGCCAAAAUAAACCUGUUCCCCCCC